AUGCCGCAUUCUUCCGAAGCUAUCGACUCGCCGGUCUCGCAAUCCUUGUCGCCCAGCGUGCAGCAAUGGACGCGAGAGGUGGGUUGCGAGAAGAGCGUUCAGAAGAGAAUCUCUCAAGGCCUCCCCUCUCUGAACACCUCUCCUCUCCUGUGGCCGUGUGUUGAUGGCAGGAAGUUCACAGACCACUUUCGCCAGUACUUUCUGAGAAAGCACCUGGGAGCUGCUGCAUUCCCACAGCAUAUUCCAUUCGACGGACACUCUCAGCCGCUGUUCUGUCAAGAAUCCAAUCAGCAGCAGCAGCAGCAGCAGCAGCAGUGGCAGCAGCCGGAGGGCAUCGGAGGAAGUGCGUUCGGAGGGCUGUCGUAUGACGAGUGCAUGACCGCGUUCCUCGCCCCCAAUGCAAGCUUCAGCCUCCCAGAAGCCCCGCCCUACCUCUCAUCUCUCGCCAGCCCUGUUCUUGCUUCCCAGGCUCCUCCCCCUGCUUCCCAAGCUCCUCCCCCUGCUUCCCAAGCUGCCACCUUUGCUGCUCCAGCUGCUUCUACCUCCGAGAUCCCGUUCUCCCACGGUGCCGUCCCCAUGCAUGCCGUCCCCAUGCAUGCCGUCCCCAUGCAUGCCGUCCCCAUGCAUGCCGUCCCCAUGCAUGCCGUCCCCGUUGAUGCUGCCUCCAGCGCCGCUGCUCUGCAUCGUCCACUGAAGCGACUGAGAGACGACUGCGCGGGGCUGGCGGCACACCAGGCGCUGCUCCGUGGACGCGACAGCGGCUUGGUGCUGCUGCGACGCGGGAUGGCGUGUAACACGGAGCGCCAGCGUCAGUCAGCGGCAGAGCAGUUUGAGCAGCAGGAGGAGAGCAGCCGCGUGCAGCAGGCAGCGGAAGAAGCCUUUUUGGAGGCUCUGCUGCAGGAGGAGGAGCAUCGCCAGCAGCAGCAGGGAGGAGUGGCGAGCAGGGUGAAGCGGGUGGAGUGGCCGCGGGUUCGGUCGGAGAGUGCCCAUCCAGACGGCGUGCUGCUGGGGUUCAGCGGUGACGACCCUGCCUUGAUGCAACACGCUGCUCUGUCUGCACCCCCGCCCACCCUGCCACAUGAAGUGCUGCCAACGCCAAUGCCCCCCCAGCUUGCUGCUCCACCUGGCUUUGGAAAUUCCACUCUCGCUCGCUGCAUUGGGGAUUUCGCAGGGAAGGCAUUGGACAGGCCGCGCGUUGGGUCGGAGAGUGCCCUUCCAGACGACGUGCUGCUGGGGUGCAGCGGCGAGGUCCCUGCUUCCACGCAGUGCGCUGCUCUCUCUGCUCCCCCGCCCACCCUGCCACUCUCUUCUCUUCCCACUGCAAUGCUCCCCCGACUCGCUGCUUUGCCCGGCUCCACUCCCUGCGUUGGCGAUUUUGCCGUGCAGCCAGGAGAGUGGCCUUGCGAGAGCGCCCUUCCAGACAGCGUGCUGCUGUCUGGAUUCAGCAGCAAGGACCUUGCCUUCAUGCAACGACCAGCUCCCUCUGUUCCUCCUCCCACCCACCCACACGCAGCGCUGCCAACGACCAUGCCCUCCCAAGUCCCUUCUCCACCUGACCCCUCUCUCAGGGGCUCAAGCAGCUGCAUUACAGGGGCGCAUGCAGGGAGCGCGUGUGGCACACAGGAGCAGGAACACGUGGAUGCAUGUGUUAACGCGUUCGGCAACGGAGACUACACCGGUAGCAAUGCUACCAACUAUGACUAUGCUCUCUUUCUCACAACGCCCCUGGCUCACGUGCUGCUGGGUGGAAGUGCCCUCACCAUGCCCGUGGCCAGUGAGCCUCAGCAGCAGGCGCUGGCAGCCCCUGGUGCUGCUGGGACAGCCCAUGCUGCUACUGGCGCAACCCGUGGUGCUGCUGGGGCAGCCGUGGCAGAGUGGGCAGUGGAGCAGGGAGGGACUGGAGAGGCAGGUGCUGAGCUGCACGGGCAGCAGCACUGUCUUGACCAGGAGGCCAUGCUUGCACAGUGCCUAGAGCUUGAACGCAUUCUCUUGCUGCCACAGCACCAGCCACAGACAGCCACAGUCCCUCCCACAGCCACUGCUGCAAACGCCUUUGCUGUCAGCCCCUUGUCAACUUUCAUUGGCCCCUGGCACCACCACCAGUACACUGAACACGCCCUCCUCAACCCAAAGGAGCUCGCAAAUGGAAGCUUCCAUACAGCCACGCCCAGCCAUGCUGCAGCAGCCCUUCUCCCUUGGUGCUUUACCAUCUCUCUGCCAAACCAAUGCUGCCUCCGCCAUGGCCCGACAUGGCAGAUGCUCUGGGAAGUGAUGCCGUCCUUCUGA